UCUUUCAAGUCCAUUUUUCUCUUCUUUUUUUUUCUUUAAUUUCAUUUGCUUAUUUCUUUUUUUUUUUCUUCCUCUUUUGAAUUAGAUUUAAUUGUUAAUUUUGUUGAUUGAAAUGUAUUUUGGUGAUAAUUAAGCAUUUGCAAUUUGAAUAAUUUGGAUUUUUUGGUGGAUCGUAAUGGGUUAUUUGAAUUCGGUGUUGUCAUCUUCUUCUAAUCAAAUUCAUGCUGAUGAUGCGCCUGUUAGUGGCGGUGGAUUAAGUCAAAAUGGGAAGUUUAGCUAUGGAUAUUCUAGCUCCCCGGGAAAAAGGUCCUCCAUGGAGGAUUUCUAUGAGACAAGAAUUGAUGGCGUUGAUGGAGAGGUAGUUGGUCUCUUUGGAGUUUUUGAUGGUCAUGGAGGUGCUAGGGCUGCAGAAUAUGUGAAACACAACCUUUUCAGUAACCUGAUUAGGCAUCCAAAAUUUAUCUCUGACACCAAAUCUGCCAUAGCUGAUGCAUACAACCAUACAGACUCUGAGUUUCUGAAAUCAGAAAACAAUCAGCACAAAGAUGCUGGAUCAACUGCUUCUACUGCCAUACUUGUGGGUGAUCGUCUACUUGUUGCAAAUGUGGGCGAUUCUAGAGCUGUUAUUUGCAGGGGUGGCACAGCUAUUGCUGUUUCUCGAGACCACAAGCCUGACCAAACAGAUGAGCGACAGCGCAUCGAAGAUGCUGGAGGUUUUGUGAUGUGGGCAGGUACCUGGAGAGUUGGAGGUGUACUUGCUGUUUCUCGUGCUUUUGGCGAUAGACUUUUAAAGCAGUACGUUGUCGCUGAUCCAGAAAUACAGGAGGAAAAGGUCGAUGGCUCUCUUGAAUUUCUCAUCCUUGCAAGUGAUGGACUCUGGGACGUUGUAACGAAUGAGGAGGCUGUCUCGAUGGUUAAGCCGAUCCAAGAUCCUGAAGAUGCAGCUAAGAGGCUGAUGCAGGAAGCAUAUCAAAGAGGCAGUGCAGAUAACAUCACCAUUGUGGUUGUCCGUUUUCUGGGUAACCAAGAGGGUUCCUCCCGAGGUACCUCAGCUUAAAAAGUAAUUACCACUUCUAACUCGUGGUAAUAAAACGACAAGAAAACCCAUAGGACGUAACGUAAAUAUUGAAUAUAGAUAGAUUUCUGGGUUUAUGAUGUAAGGAAAAUCUUUAGAAUUGAACAUUGUCAAAGCUUUCUCUCAACUUGUAUGAAGUGUUCAAGAGUGAAUCUGGGCAUAAGUCAAAUCCCAAAUUAUUGAUGUUCUAUGUUUAACAUACAGUAGCUUUAUAAUAUAUACUGCUGUUUUCUUGUAA